UAUCUCGAAAGAAACAUGUUUUCAAUGUGUUAUCUGUGGUGUAAAUACACGUCAUGUUAUUUUGGUGGACGCUGUAUUGUAUAAAUUAAUCUACAUAUUAUCAUAGACGUUUUUCAAGAGUGAUAAUUAUAUAUCUAAUAUGCUUGAGUUUGAAGAUGAUUAUUUUUUAGAAGAAGAUAAAAUCAUGUAUUUGUUGCAGUUGCACUUUUGACCUGCCUCCUCAUCAGUUGUGAUUUCUGCUUUGAAGUGGAUAUUUGUCAUUUAGUUGCCUCAUUCCCUACUUUACUGAUUCUGCAUUGUGAAUGUGGCCCAGUAAUUCAAGAUACUUAGGUUACAUACCAUUGCAAAGGGCAGAAGUAGAAUACAACUCUCUGCAUGGUGAUUCACGCCUGAAAGCCAUCAUGGAAGAUCGAAUAAACCAAGGUGAUGAUCAUCAUCACUCUGAAGGUGAUUAUGAUGGUAAUCAGGACGAGCGGAAAGCAUUGUUGGAUUCGCUGCAAACACCAUUACAUCUUUUGGCAUACCAGAACACCGUGGGAAUGACUGUUACCUCUGGUAGUGUCACAAUUAGAAAAGACAGCUCUAAUUUAAUUGGUGUCAGCAUUGGUGGUGGGGCUACUCUAUGUCCAUGCCUCUACAUAGUGCAAGUGUUUGACAACACUCCAGCUGCUAAAGAUGGCACUUUACAAAGUGGAGAUGAACUGGUGGGAGUUAAUGGAGCAUCUGUCAAAGGAAAGACAAAAGUUGAGGUGGCCAAGAUGAUACAAGCCUCUAAGGAUGAGGUAACUAUCAACUAUAAUAAACUGCACGCAGACCCACAGCAAGGAAAAACACUGGAUAUUGUUCUUAAGAAAGUGAAGCAUCGACUUGUAGAAAACAUGAGCAGUGCUACAGCAGAUGCCCUAGGACUCUCUCGCGCAAUUCUCUGCAAUGACACCUUGGUCAAGAAACUGGAGGAACUGGAACAGACAGAAAUGAUGUACCGGGGACUUGUUGAACAUGCUAAGAGAGUCCUGAAGGCAUUUUUUGAUCUCCUUCAGGUUUAUAAAGCUUUUGGAGACACAUUUGCUGGAAUAGGGGUCCGUGAACCCCAGCCACGAGCUAGUGAGGCAUUUCGUCAGUUUGGUGAUUAUCAUCGCCAAAUGGAAAAAUUUGGCAUAAAGAUGCUGAAGUCAGUUAAACCUAUUUUGUCAGACCUGGGUACAUACUUGUACAAAGCCAUACCUGACACAAAGUUGACCAUUCGCAAGUAUGCUGACACUAAGUUUGAGUACUUGUCAUACUGUCUCAAAGUGAAGGAGAUGGACGAUGAAGAGUACAGUUAUGGAGCACUUCAAGAACCUCUGUAUCGUGUUGAGACUGGAAACUAUGAAUACAGGUUGAUCCUACGAUGCAGACAAGAUGCACGAGCAAGGUUUGCACGCCUUCGUUCUGAUGUAUUGGUGAAGAUGGAAUUACUAGACAACAAGCAUGUGCAGGAUGUAGUAUGGCAACUUCAGCGUCUUGUAGCUGGGUUAGCAGAGUUUCAUGGAGAUACACUCACUUUACUGCAGGGA